AGAAGUCCUUUAUUAGAUAGACAGAAAUUACAGGAAUUAAGCGAGAGGAUAAGUAAAGGUGUUGAAAUCAAAUUCGCCCCAUUAAACAUACCACCACAUAGAAGACUUCAAACUACCGCUGUACUUCUCUGGGCUUUAUUACCUCUCUUAUGUCUCGUCUCUUUCCUUCUCCUGAUGUCCGUCCCUAUAACAUGGCCAAUAAUCAUUCCAUAUCUCAUAUGGGUACAAUUCGACUCUGCUCCGAAUCAUGGUGGAAGACCAAAGAAAUGGGCACGAGGUGCUAAAAUAUGGAAUUAUUUUGCCCAAUAUUAUCCCUGUAGCAUCGUCCAAGAAGCUCAAUUGCCCCCUACACGGCCAUACCUUUUUGGCUAUCAUCCUCACGGCAUUAUCGGCAUGGGUGCAUUCGCGACUUUCGGAACGGAUGCAACGAGAUUUUCAGAGUAUUUCCCAGGUAUCACCCCACAUCUUUUAACUCUAGAAUCCAACUUCAAAGUCCCAUUUUACCGCGAUAUCUUAAUGUUACACGGAGUUGCCUCUGUUUCCAAAGCCGCGUGCGCAAACAUACUUUCCAAAGGACCCGGUACAGCCAUCGCCAUAGUUGUCGGUGGCGCCGCAGAAUCUCUUUCCGCUCAUCCGGGAACAGCGGAUUUGACAUUGAAAAAACGAUAUGGAUUUAUAAAAAUCGCCAUUAAGCAAGGAGCGGGUUUAGUGCCAGUGUUUAGUUUUGGAGAGAAUGAUGUGGGCUCAAAUGGUAGUGGGACAGGAAACGACAAAACUUCAAUGUUGUAUAAAUUACAAAGAAAGUUUCAAAAGAAAUUCGGGUUCACUUUACCUUUGUUUUACGGACGUGGUUUGUUUAAUUAUAAUUAUGGUCUCAUGCCAUUUCGUCAUCCAAUAGUAGUUGUUGUUGGUCAACACAUAGAAGUGAAACAACAUCCUGAUCCACCACAUGAGAUGGUAGAGGAAUAUCAACGUUUGUAUAUUGAUGAACUCAUGCGUAGGAUAUGGGAGAAAUACAAAGAUGUAUAUGCUAAACAUCGAACUAAGGAGUUAACUUUGGUCGAAUGA